AGAACGAGUGGCUGAGCAGAGCUGCACAGCAUCCACCGCUACAGCAUCCUGCAGAAGGCUCCGUGGAGGACAGAGAGGAGAAAGAGAGUCUGAUAGAAAAAGGUGGAUCCACAGCUGAAGACAGACUGAAAGAAAAAGAGAAGCACACAAGGAGUAAGAGUGGGAAAUGAAAGGAAUUGAGUAAACACCGCUGCCUGCCUGAGGACCACUGCAGCUGUACUAAAUCUGGGGCUGUCAGGCCAACCCUCAGUGAGUGAGAGAGGCAUGGGAGCAGAGGAGAAAAAGAAGUGAUUUAAAGAGCAGAUCUCAUCAUUCUGGACAAGCAGGGAUGGGAACCCCAAGAGCUUUUCCGUCAGCAGAUCAAACUUCACACAGGAGAAGCGCCCUCGGAUCACCAGCCUCUUCAGAGGAGUGAAGAGAAGAGGCAAACAAGAGAGUUGUCUUAUAGUUCCUGAAAGGUGAAAGCUUGCACAGGAACUCUGAUAACUACGCUGCUGAGUACAGCUCAGGUCCCUCUCUGUUUCCCCCUACACCUGCCUGGUCCUGGUGAAUGUCUUCUCUGCAUGCUAUCCCACUGCUCGGCAGUUGAACACACUCAUGGUCGAUGCCAAGGGAAGGAACAUGAAAUGUCUGACUUUCUUCUUAAUGCUCCCCGAGUCAGUGAAAAGCAAAUCAAGUAAAAGCUCCAAGAAAGGGAAUGCCAGUAGCAGCUCCAAGCUGCCCCCUGUCUGUUAUGAGAUAAUCACUCUAAGGAGCAAGAAGAAGAAGAAGAUGGCAGCGGAUAUUUUUCCCACCAACAAGCCGGCUUCCACCACCACAGUGCAACAGUACCAGCAGCAGAACCUCAACAACAACAACACCACCAUACAGAACUGUAACUGGCAAGGACUUUACUCCACUAUAAGAGAAAGAAAUUCAGUAAUGUUCAACAAUGAGCUGAUGGCAGAUGUUCACUUUGUGGUGGGUCAGCCUGGAAGGACCCAGCGGCUGCCGGGACACAGAUAUGUUUUGGCUGUGGGCAGCUCAGUGUUCCAUGCCAUGUUUUAUGGUGAACUUGCUGAGAACGAUGAUGAAAUCCAUAUUCCAGAUGUGGAACCAGCAGCAUUUCUGGCAAUGCUGAAGUACAUUUACUGUGAUGAAAUUGACCUGAGUGCUGACACAGUGUUGGCCACUCUUUACGCUGCCAAGAAGUACAUUGUCCCUCACCUGGCACGUGCCUGCGUCAACUUCUUGGAGACCAGCCUGAGCGCCAAGAAUGCCUGCGUGUUACUCUCCCAGAGCUGCCUGUUCGAGGAGCCGGAGCUGACGCAGCGCUGCUGGGAAGUGAUUGAUGCCCAGGCCGAGCUGGCGUUAUGCUCGGAGGGCUUCUGCGACAUCGACUCCCAGACCCUCGAGAGUAUCCUACAGCGCGAGACACUCAAUGCUAAAGAGAUAGUGGUGUUUGAAGCGGCACUCAGCUGGGCUGAGGCUGAGUGCCAGAGACGGGACCUCACCUUGUCGACUGAUAACAGGCGUAAGGUGUUGGGCAAGGCCAUGUACCUGAUACGUAUCCCUACAAUGGCUCUGGAUGACUUUGCCAAUGGAGCAGCCCAGUCGGGAGUGUUGACACUUAAUGAGACCAAUGACAUCUUCCUGUGGUACACAGCGGCCAAGAAGCCUGAGCUGGAGUUUGUCAGUAUGCCUAGAAAAGGUCUGACACCCCAGCGCUGCCACAGAUUCCAGUCAUGUGCCUACCGAAGCAAUCAGUGGCGCUAUCGGGGCCGCUGCGACAGCAUACAGUUUGCAGUGGAUAAAAGAGUUUUUAUCGCUGGGUUUGGACUGUAUGGAUCUAGCUGUGGAUCAGCAGAGUACAGUGCCAAGAUUGAGUUGAAACGUCAAGGAGUAAUGCUGGGACAAAACCUCAGCAAAUACUUCUCUGAUGGUUCCAGCAACACCUUCCCAGUGUGGUUUGAGUAUCCAGUGCAGAUCGAGCCCGACACCUUCUACACUGCUAGUGUGGUUCUGGAUGGGAAUGAGCUCAGCUACUUUGGACAGGAAGGGAUGACAGAGGUGCAGUGUGGGAAAGUGACCUUUCAGUACCAAUGCUCCUCGGACAGCACUAAUGGCACUGGGGUGCAGGGGGGGCAGAUUCCUGAGCUCAUCUUCUACGCUUGAUAACCCCAUGCAUAUAAAUGACUGAUGUUCAGUGCACUUAUGGACAAAAGAAAAGUAUCACUUUGUGCAUAGUGUCACUUUCUGGUAUUUAUUUUUGUCACUGUUGAGCUCAUUUCAGACCUGUGAUAGGGUCUUGUGUGGUUUUCAUUUCAGUAAUCGGUCCACUUGAGUAGGACCAGAUACAGUAGAUGUCUCCAGAUGAUGAAUUGUCCAAAUAAUUGGAUGAACAAAAGUUCUAAAAAAUGAAAUAUCUUGCACUAGACGUGCAUGUAUAAAUGCAUACAUGUGAAGUGUAUAAUGCCACAAUGGUGGCCAAUGCGGGGCACAAAGAUAUUGUAUAUGAUGAAUAUGCUACAGUUUGUUUGUUAUUGCUAUGCUUGCAUAGAAUGCACAUAUAUAGCAGCAAUACUUCACAUUCUAUAUUCUCCAAUGAGCAUUUCAUAUCAUGACUCAGUCUGGACCAUCAGCAUUAUAAAGAAUCUAAAAAAGGCUGUAUGAUACUCAAUACCAACAUAAAAUGUCAUUAGGCGUUUGUAUGUAGUGGUUUGAAUUUAAUCUGCAGCUUUUGAUACUUUGAAUCUAGUAACAUGGCACCUAUAGAUGCAUCAAUGUGAUCAAAUUCACUUACACCUGAUACAAUGAAAAAAACAUUUGGUUCAAUCUGUCAGCAUUGCAGAGCUUACAGCAUGGGCUGAACUGUUUCAUUUCCGCUAACCCGUACUACUAAUUGUUCUGGCGCCUUGGUUUUGUUUACAGCGAAAAGAUCAAUGACUGAUUCAGUGUUACAAACUGUUUAUCUUACUGUAUGAACUUCUACUUCUCUUUGUUAAGAACUCUGAUCUGCUGAGCACUCCCUCCCAAUGUGACCAUACACACAGUAUUUGCUUACUGUAUAUGCUACAUAAUGCACUGAUUUUGGUUUGUAACAUAUUUUGUUUUAAAUUAGGCAGACUAUUUUUGAUUGACUGUGCUACUGAGUAUUUCUUUCUGGUGUAGGAUAAACAUCCAUGCGCUUGUCUGCUGUGACAAUGGAUGGGCAAACUGGUGUUGAUGUGUGUACGUGCUACAGUGCUGGGAGACAUACGGAUGUGUAUGAUUGUUGACGAUGCAAAUAAACAGAACAAGCGGUUCAUA